AUGCGAAGAUGUAAGGAAAUCCUUGAAUUUCUGGGAUAUUUAAGUGUGUCAAAUCAGCAAAAAAUUCGGAAAGCGAGAAAAACCACAAACCGCCCAUCUCCUUCUUCCGUCUAAUGGCCUUUCGAUUGACUUUUAAAGGUGAUCAGACACCAGAAAACACAUGAAAAAGUCAGUCGAUCGAUACUGUUUGAUAAGCGACAAUUGACUAUUUUGACAACAAAAAUGGGGAGAAAGAGAGGAAAAUAAGAAGAAAAUUCGAUUUUUUUUGAGUGAGAAAGGUUGGGGAGCAGAGAAAAACGGAAAAGUGAGAGAGUGUGGGAGAGAAGCGAGAGGGAAACGGGCAGUUUUGCACGUAUUUUGAUGUUCUCGGCGGGCGCCAAUCCGAGUUGGGAUCGGAGAGAAAGCGGUGGUAAACAAAUGAUGCAAGCGGAUUUGGAUUAGGACAACAAUCGGUUAUGGGAAUUGUUUGGGUGAAAGAAAGACGAUUUUUACCUUUUAACAUGUUUGAGAGAGCAAUAAUAUUCUGUGGCGGUUCCAUUUCAAGAAGCGUUCAUUUUUGAUAACGUCAGAAUUUUCUAUUGCAGAAUUGCGAAAUAGGAUAUUUCGAAGCCGGGAUGAUUCAUACAAAAAUGUCAACGAAACGGAUUUCAUAAUCACUUUUUUCCCGCUUUCUUUCUUGAAGAAAGCCCAAGCUUUUGCUGCAUUCCGAUCUGCAUUCAGGGUUCAGCUUCUUCGACCGGUCGCGAUCGAUUCCCCGAGGCCUCGGACGAAUUCCAUUUCUUGUCUCAAAAAAAUCGCCAAUUGUUCGAUUCUCAUCCAUUUUCGGCGCGUCGCGUUCUCUCUCAAAACAAAAGGGAACAAGCGAUGUGAUUUUCCAAUUUCCCGGCCAAAAAAAAAAUCUAAAAAUAACCGCAAAAUCAGGUGUCUCGUUAAUUAAUAUCAUCCGGCACAAAUCCCCCGGGCAAAUCCGGAUUAGUCCCCAUUUCUUACACAAAAACCUUAUCAGACCGCUUUUCCGGUCGUUUGGCACGGUUAUCAGUGAAAAAUGCGAAUUUUCUGCGCGAUAAUAGUCCAAAAAACCAAAGAACAAGCCGAAAAUCGGCGAUAUCCGCCGGAUAAUUGGCCCUAUGCAGCUGUGCCAGUUUGUUCAUCGGAGCGCGUUUGCACCAGGCUCGCCGUAAACAAGUCCCCUUUUUUGACCAAAAAUCGUGAAUUUCCUCCGUUUUUGCUCGGUUUUUUGGGCUCUUUAUGGAAAAAUAUUAAAGCUCGUCAUUUUGUUGGUUUUUUGAGCGACAAGUUUUGUUUUGUGAGCGGAAAAAUCAUUUUUUCGGCUGGGAAACGAUUUUUUGUUGAAUAAUAACCGAUUUGAAAGUGAUAUAAACGGUCAUUUGACCUGGCUGAAUGCCAAGUCAGAUGAUUGGCGAACCGUCUGCGUCUCACGCGACGGCAAGUAAAUAGACGACGAAAACGUUUCGUAAUACAACACAGACUUUUUUCGGUUUUGUUUUGCUUCCGCCCGAUGAUGAUUCACCACUUUUGUUGGCCUUUCCGCCCGUAUAUAAUCGGUCUACCUGACAUCACUUUUCCAUCAUUUUCUGGACCUUUUUCAGCUGAGAAAUUGAGCGAGGAGCACCCAGAAAUGCAAAUUCAUCAGUCGGGCAAGGUGAGGCAUUUUUUGAAAUUGAUGUAGAAAAAUCCGUAAAAUCAUCAUUUCCAGACGCUCGUGGAGCCCCGCGACUAUCGAUCGUUUUGCUUUCGCGGCGAAGGACGCGCGAAUUUCGUGAUAAGUGCGAGGCACAAACUCACUGGAAUCAGGUAGGAAGCUCUGAAAAUUAUUAGCGGUGCGUUAUUUGACUGCAAUCGCGCUAUACCGCACACCACGUGAAUCCAGUGCUAAAAUGGAAAAGGUCGCGGUCGCGGCCGGGUUUUCACGUGGAACUGCGGUAGAGCGCGAUUGCAGAAAAAUGCCGUCAUAAUAUAUAAAACAAAUGUUUCUUUUUGCAGAAUAGUCUGGAGAUUCGCAAAGGCCCGAAAAAGUGGUCUGAUGACGGUGAAGGCGAGAAGCGAACUCGUCAAUAACUACAUGGAACGGUACGCUCUUCGUUUCCAGACUUUCUAUCAAUUUUCUAGACUUUUCAGAAUUGUCCGGCCAUUUUUCGGUGAGGAAUACCUGGUCGGAAUGAAUAUUGUCGAGUUCGACACUGUCGAUGUGCACCAGUUGGCUAAGGUCCGUCUUAUUUUUUGUUCGAAUGUGCUGCAAGUGCGCUGCAUUGAAAUUGUGUAUCGCGUUUGUACACUGGCACUGUGCCAGCCAAUACAAAUCGAGUUUUCCCGCGAAACGCUUCAAAUAUUUCAAUUUUAAAACAGUUUGUUAAAUAUUCGAAUAUUUCCAGAUCCCGAGCCUGCCGGCGAACAGAAAAAUCGAUAAAUUCGAAGAUUUGUUCGAAUUGCCAGAAGAGUACUCGUUUUUGCCGACGAACACGUUCCAACGAGUGCACGGCGCGGUGAUAGUGACGAAUCCCAAGAGGUUGACGUCGUUGCAGAUGCUCGACGCCACCCAACUGCCCAUGAACAUUCUCGAACACCACAAUAGCUCCACUAUUACGGUACUCACAAUUAUUUAGAGAUUUUAUUGACUUUUCCCCAUUUUACAGGUGGAAAUCAAGCCAAAGCAGGGAUUUCUUCAAAAUCAUCCGAACGUCGACGUUCCGCACUGCAAUAAUUGCAUUCUGCAGGUGAUUUUUCAUUGGAUCAUAAUUUUAGGAGCAUACUGCGUAUGGCCACUGUGCCAGCCAAUUUAAGCGAUUUUCCCCGCGAAAUUGUGGCUAGAAGAUCCAAUUUGCAGAUCGAAAAGUCGUGUGGCCAAUCGAACUUUUCGGAAAUGUACGACUUCUGCCCGCUGGAUCUAUUCUCCGGCAGUUAUUCCCGAAUGCGCAAGGCGAUCCACUCGCUCUUCCUCGUUCCGCACAGGAAUUUGCGCAUAUUCGUGGACGGAAAUCAGGUGCAUUCGGACGAGAAGCUGCUGGAUCGGAACAAUUUCACGGAGACACUGUUCCCGCGCAAAGACGCCACUUCCGACGAUCUCAUUUCUGUGGUCAGUUGGGGAAAUUAGGAUUUUGGGACAAGAAACUGCUAGAUUAGAAAAAUUCGCGGCCGCGGCCGAGUUUUCACGUGGGAUUGCGAUAGAGCAACAAAAAACACUGAUUUUCAGCUAUGUCUAGCGCUGUCGGGAAGCCAAUCGAAGAAGAAGUUCGGUCUGCGCCACGAUUCGGUGCUCGGACAAAUUCUGAGAGCUCAAAAGGUCGACGAGAUCGGAAUAGUACGGGCGCACGCGAUUUACGAGCGAACGGAGCCGCAUUUGCAGGUAAUUCACACGAAAAAUUGUCGUUUGCAACUAGAGUUUUGCAGGCGAGCCUCCUGGACAAAGCGGCACUGACCCGGAUCGGAAUCGAUUCGAUUCUGGAGCCGAGAGCACAGAAAACCGAGAGUGCGGAGCAACAAGAGUACGUGCAGCAGUUGCGGAGGUACUUUGUGGCCGCGACGAUGAAGGAUUGCUCGGUGAGCGUUUUAAACUGUUAUUGUCUAAAAUGUUUCCAUUUUUGCAGGUAAUGAUAUCCCUGCGCCUGCUGCCGCCCGCGCACGCACCAUUUGCGACGCGUGCGGACGUGAUCCGCCUCCCGAACGGCCGCCAGUUCGCAUUUUCCAUCAAAAUUGUCGAUUUGGAUCCGAAAACGCCGAAGAAUUUGGUGAACAGUCACGCGCGGUUCAUGUCGGGCGUCAAAUUGAUCCGAUUGGAGCAGGAGUCGGAGCCGAGAAAAUUCACGCCGUGCCGCAUCUAA